AUGAUAUUCCAAGUUUCCGUAACAGUGGCUGCAGCAACACCAUCAUCGUCAACAACAGCAAUAACAUCCAAGUACGAUAAACACUUUAAGGAAUUUAUUGAACAAAUUGAAAAUUUAGUUUUAAACACCACACAACAGGCUCUCCAAGUUACCACACAUGUCUAUCGAAAUCUAAGCAAAUCCAUGUCACCUCUGCUGCAACAAACCAUCGAACCUAUUACAACCGAAUAUUUACGCAUGGUGGAGCAAACCUUGACAUGCCAUAGCAACUACUCCGAACAGAGGAAACUUUUACGUUACUUCCGCUACAACAAUCUACAAAUUGAACGUUUGCGCCUGCAAUUACAGCCACAACAUCCUAAAUUCGAGUUUCAUUUGAUAUCGAAUGAUUUCUAUUAUGCCGGCAAAAAUUUAACCGAAUUUGAUAAUUUAUAUUUGCAGUUUAUGCAGGAGUUUCAACGCUUAUCGCAAACGUUGUGGGACACAAUGUCAGAGGAAGUGGUGGAGCAACAACAAGAUUUAUUAGAGAUUUUAGAUGAAAUUGCCAAGGAAAAUGAGUUAAGCGAAAAGGACAAAUUGUAUGAUGAAUUUAUUGAAAUGUUUUUAUUUAAAACUGAAAUGGACUCAAUCAAAAAUCGUCAGUUGGAGUGAGAGUUUAAUUUAAGUUUCAUUUUAUAUUUAACUCC